AUGUUACCGCAGUGCCUGUUUUCGCACGCCCGCCGCUGCUACACAUCACAAGCUUCGACACCACCCGGGCGCCGACUAAAUCUCCCCAUCGACUUCAGCACGGGCACUCUCUCCCAAACGACUGGCCUGCCUUCCAACAGUCCGUCAAAGCGUCUAAACCUGUUCCAGUCAGUAAACUCGGCGCUGCGGACCGCGCUCGUCACGUCGAACCGCGUCCUCUGCUUCGGCGAAGAUGUCGGUUUCGGUGGCGUGUUCCGGUGCAACACGGGCUUGCAGCAAGACUUUAGCAAACAAAGGGUGUUUAACACACCUCUGACAGAGCAAGGCAUUGUCGUCGCUGUGAUCGGAGCCGCGGCCGAGGGCAUGAAGCCCGUCGUCGAGAUCCAGUUUGCCGAUUAUGUCUUCCCGGCCUUUGAUGAAAUCGUCAACGAAGGCUCCAAGUUCCGCUACCGCGAAGGAAUGACGGGGUGCAACUUCGGCGGCCUCGUCAUUCGCAUGCCAUGGGACGGUUCACCUGAGGCCCUCUUCUCCCAAUUCACUGGGUUCCAGGUUGCGGUGCCUUGGUCGCUGUCGCAGGCGAAAGGCCUUCUCCUCGCCGCUGUGCUCGAGUCGAAAGACCCCGUCAUCUUCAUGGAGCCCAAGAUUCUCUACCGCGCGGCCGUCGAGGAGGUUCCAGAGGAAUCGUACACCCUGCCGCUCCAACCAUUGCCGUAG